AUGCUCUUCCGCAUGGUGUCCUUAUCCCCUAACAAGACCUCCUUCCUCCUUUCCUGCUUCUCCAGAACCACUGAUUCACCGUUUUUCCAUUCCAAACGAUUUAAUAAUCUCCAACGCUACUACGUUUGGUCGACGGUCAAGCAUAUUGCCACAAACCAACCAAAGAAUCCCAUUUCAAUGGCCAGAAAGGCUACGCACGAUUAUUCCACCACCUCUGCCCAAGCCCUUGUCCAGGAACCUCCGAAUUCGGGCACCCGAAGAUCCCGGAAGAAAGCCCGCCGUGAGUCCCCAGAGAUUAUUCUCCGCGUGAACCUCGAUCAGUGCUCCAGGAGCGGCGACUUGGAUAGCGCCCUACGCUUGUACAACGAGGCCAGGGACAAUAACAUUCAGCUCAAUGUGCAUCAUUACAAUGUAUUGCUCUAUCUGUGUUCCAGCACCAGCGGUGGUGAGGUGGAUGCCGGCAGGUUGGACAAAGGGUUUGAGAUUUUUAAGCAGAUGCAGAUUGACAAGGUGGUACCCAACGAAGCAACGUUUACCAAUGUCUCGAGGCUGGCAGCCGCUAAGAAGGAUCCUCAACUGGCUUUCGAUUUGGUCAGACAAAUGAAGGAUCAAGGGAUAGCUCCGAAGCUUCGGUCUUACGGGCCUGUAUUGUUUGGGUUCUGCGGAAAUGGUCUUGCUGACAAGGCAUAUGAGGUGGACUCGCACAUGAAGGUAUGUGGGGUAUCCCCUGAGGAGACCGAGCUCUGUGCUCUUCUCAGAGUUAGUUCUGAAACUGAGAGAGAGGAAAAAGUGUAUGAAAUGAUGCACAGGUUGAGGUCGACAGUGAGGCAAGUGUCGGAGGAUACUGCGGCUGUGGUGGAAGACUGGUUUAGGUCUAAUAAGGCUGCCCGAGUUGGGAAUGAGAAAUGGGAUGCGUCUAAAGUGAGGGAAGGGGUUUUGGAUGGUGGGGGCGGGUGGCAUGGGCAAGGGUGGUAUUGGUUGUAUGCUGCUGUGAAUUCAAAGUGUUUGCUGGUUACAAAUGAUGAGAUGAGGGGUCACUUGUUCAAUCUUUUAGGCAAUAACUUCUUCCCUAGAUGGAAAGAAAAGCAUCAGGUCCGGAUAAAACCUUCUCUUAAAGGGCUGCUAACCUUGUGCAUGCCACCGCCUUAUUCACUUGUCAUCCAGGAAUCUGAACAAGGUAGUUGGCAUAUACCGACUGUUACUGGAGACGAUCUUGAGACCCCAAGACAAUGGAUUUGCGCUACAAGGAUGAGACCACAGGUGUAG